UUUGCAGCUAAGCAACCCCGCUCUCGUCUUCAUGGAGAUUUUUUGGCGUCGAAAAUAAUUCGCAAUUGAAAUGAGAGCAACAUUUCAUCUAUUCACAUUUAUUUUUUUGCUGCUCUUCUCCUCUGUAAUUUGUAUUAGCACACCUGGCUUCCGGAAUGAUCACGAAUCAAUAGGAGACGACGAAGAGAAAACAUCUUCAACUAUACUUGUUUCGACAAUUGAUGGACGUUUGAGAGCUUUGGAUUCAGAGACGGGAGAAAUAAAAUGGACAUUGCAAGAAGAGCCUGUUUUACGAUCUCCAUCUGCUGUCAAACAGGGAUUUACAUUUCUUCCGAAUCCGCUCGAUGGAUCACUUUAUGUUUUGAAAAACAGUUCUUUGAAAAAACUUCCAUUCAAUAUUCCACAAUUAGUUCAUGCAUCACCUUGCAAAGGAAAUGAUGGAAUUUUAUACGCAGGAAGUAAGAAAGAUGUUUGGUUUGGAAUUGAUCCAAAAACAGGCUUAAAGGUGGAAACUCUAUCAUCAGCGUCAGCGGAUAGAAUCUGCCCUGCAAAUCAAAAACAGACAAUUUUUUUGGGUCGAACGGAAUACAGGGUCUCUAUGUUUGAUGAAAAGAAUCGUGGAAAGACCUGGAAUGCAACAUUCAAUGAUUAUUCUGCCCAUUUGUUGCCUGAAGUGAAUACGUGGCCAUUUAAGCAUUAUGCAUCGUCGUCGCAUGGAUAUAUACUGACUUUCGAUAGAGAAACUGGAGAAAUGAGAUGGGAGCAAGAUCUGAAACAACCUGUAGUUGCACUUUAUCUUCUUCGAGAUGAUGGAUUGCACAAAUUACCAUUUGAAGUGAUGGGAAAAGAGACAAUGGAAAAUGUAGCAAAGAAUAUCUUCACCGUGGAUCAAUGGCCAACAGUUUUGGGUGUCAAUGCUGCAGAUCCUCAAACAACAUCCCUCACGAAUCAAUUCUUCCCAGCUUUAUUCGUUGGAGAAUCUUCAUUUGGACUUUAUGCUAUCGAAGCUCUAGUCGAUCACCAAACCAUUACAUAUUCUCCAAAACUUCUUGGUCCACCACUUCUAGAAGGUCCAGCUCCAAUUGCACUUACAGAAAUGGAAAAAGAAGAGUACUUGCCACCACGGAGACCAAUAAUUCGAAAUAUUCCUCCAUCAAUUACUCAUAAAACUUCGGAUGGAGAAUACUUAUUAUUAGGAUAUCAUGAUCGACCAAUGAUGACGAUGGCAACGAUUAUUCCGACAAGAUAUCCAGUUCCUGGACCUCAUAAGGCAAUUGGAUCUACAAUUGAACGGCCUCCACCACAACUUCUGGGACCUGUUGAGCCACAGAAGCAUGAGGACACAUCUUUCAUUCUGCUUCUACUCAAUAAUCAUCCUAUUCCAUUCUAUGCUACACUGGUUACGAUGUUUGCAUUACUAUUAACUGUAAUUUGGCAAUGUGGAAGACAAUGGGAUCAACAGAAGUCGACGUCAAGAAUGGAUUCCUUCGAAAUUGUAAACAAUCCCGGAGAAUCUAGAAGUGCUCAGACAUCAAAACAAUCGAAUCGUGGAAGCUUUGGAUGGGCGAAUAGAAAAAUUGAAAUUCCCGAGGGUUGGAUGGCAGUUGGUAGCAAGUUGAUGUAUAGUCCAUCAGAUAUUCUUGGAACAGGAUGUGAAGGAACUGUGGUUUAUAGAGGAACUUUUGAUGGAAGAGAAGUUGCUGUAAAGAGAGUAGUUUCAGAAUUCGUGAAGUUUGCUCACAGAGAAGCGGAUUUAUUACGAGAAAGUGAUACACAUCCACACGUUAUCAGAUACUUUUGUAUGGAAUCAGACAGUCAAUUUCGAUAUUUGGCACUCGAACUUUGCAUAGCUUCUUUGAAUGAUUAUGUUGAGCAGAAAGAGGUUCAACAAAAUGUUACAAUUGCUCUACGAGACAUUAUGAAACAGGCAACCGAUGGAUUGGCACAUCUUCAUGCUUCAAAAAUUGUGCAUCGAGAUAUGAAGCCACAAAAUGUUCUAAUUACAAUGGCUAGUCAGCGAGGAGAAAUGAGAGCAGUCAUCUCAGAUUUUGGUCUUUGUAAAAGGGUUCAACCUGGAAAGAAUUCAAUUUCAAGAGGUAUUGCGUCUGGAUUAGCAGGAACCGAUGGCUGGAUUGCUCCAGAAGUUCUUAUUUCUGCAAGUACUUCUUAUCCAGUUGAUAUCUUCUCACUUGGAUGUAUUUUCUAUUAUGUGUUAACCUCGGGUACUCAUCCUUUUGGAAAAUCAUUGCACAGACAAGCAAAUAUUGUAAAUGGAGAAUACACAUUGAAUAAAUUGGCAGAUUUGGAUGAUUGGUCGUUGGCUGAUGACUUGAUCUCUUCAAUGCUGAACGUGGAGCCAUUGCACCGAUUGACCGCUGAUGCCGUCUUGAAUCAUCCAUUUUUCUGGACAUCUGAAAAGCGAUUAGCAUAUUUUUCGGAUGUAUCUGAUCGUGUAGAGAAAGAAGAAGACAAUAGUCCAGUUGUGAGAAGAAUAGAAACAGAUGCUCGAAUAGUUGUAUGCGGUGGAUGGAGGGAGAAGAUUUGUGAUGCUUUGAAGGAAGAUUUAAGAAAGUUCAGAACAUACAAAUCAUUUUCAGUUCGAGAUUUGCUAAGAGCAAUGCGUAACAAGAAGCAUCACUAUAGAGAAUUACCAGAAGAUGUCAGACAAUCUCUUGGAGACAUUCCAGAUCAGUUCUUGCAUUAUUUUACAUCACGCUUCCCUCGGCUAUUACUUCAUGUUUACAAAGCAACCGAGUAUUGUUCCGGAGAGGCUGUCUUCAAAAGAUACUAUUCCGAUGAUGUUCGUGCUCGAAUGUAUCCAAUUGUGGAAGAAGAAGAGAGAGUAAGAAAGAAGAUUAAAGAAGAAAUGGCAAAUGAGGUGUGGGCACGAGCACCAAAACCUGUCGAGCAACGAACUCCUCUAAAAUUGGAUAAGAGGAAUAUCAAAAAGAAAUCAAAUCCGAACACCGAUUAAUCACUCUGCAAGUAGUGAGAAUAGUUGGAUUUAACCAAUAAUUAUUAUAUACCAAGUUUCUGGGUUUUAGAAUCAGUUAUCAAUCAUUUAACAAAGCUUUUCGAAGUGCCGUUUUUGCCGUUUGAAGAACAUCGACGAUGUGUUUGCGUGUGUAAAUUUAUUAUCAUUAUUCUGGGAUUUCUGUCCAAUGGUCUUGUCCUCAUGUUUCCUCUGUGUUUAUCCUUUAAUGUUUUUUCGGAUCUCUCCUCGCCUACCUACCCAUUUUUGUCGAAUUAUGAUCCCGUUUCUUUUUCUGCAUUUCCUAUGAAUGCACUCCCUUCAUAUAUCGUACGGUAACUUGUGAUAACUCGAUUUUUCGAUACUGGUCGUCAUUUUUUUGUGUAAUUCUCGACAAUAAAAUUGUAGAUUAAAUACAGGAAAUUGAAUU